AAUUCUCCGGAGGAAGCUGUUGCUACAAAAAAAUGAAGAUGCUAACUACAUCGUUUUGAAAACUAGCGUUUUGCCAACGAUAACGUUUUUAUACUUAUUUUGCUAGACUACUGACCGCUAAAGCAGGUUGCUAGAUAUAGCGUUAUAUCAGGGACAUAGCAAUAUCCCUGACUGUGUGUUAUGUGAGCUACCCUAACAAGUAGCCUGUGGACUGGCUAGGCUAACCUUACUGUAGAUAGCUAAACAACGUCGGGUUGAAAACAUGCUAGCUAAUAAGUUAACUUAGACAUGACUUCGAAUGGGUUUGGAUCAUAUUUUAAGUGAAUGCAUGCAAAUAUGUGUAGCUAACUAACUAGAUAUAACUAACGUUAAGCGGUUACUUGGUGUUAAUCUAAGUGCAUUCCUUUUGCUAGUUAACUUCUAGCCACGUACUUUACUGUAGCUAGCUAACGUUUGUUUACGUUCUCUAACUAGCUAAGCUGCUGUGAGACGCAGCUCAUUUCCCCUUUCUAAAGGUAGAAUGGCAGGCGACGCCAGUGGCAUUCCUGAACUGGACCAAGAUAAAUAUGAUGCCGAUGAAGAAGUCAAGAUAAUCUGCCUUGGCGGCAGUGCAGUGGGAAAAUCCAAGUAAAUUAGAUCGGGAGUAUGCCAUCUUUUUCUUGUCAUUUUGUCACUGCACAUACAUCUCAAAGAUGCUGUGAACGUUCUCAGUAAAGGUUGAUGGAGAGGUUUCUGAUAGACGGAUAGUAUCCUCUCUCACACUGGCGCUCUCAUCUAUAAUUUGUGUAAUUGGGGUUUGAGUGUUGCAUGAUCGCAGAAGAAAUUCAUCAGUCUUUUAGCUUGAUGUAGCUGACUAAGUAAUGUUAGGUGUUGCCUAAAAUUGAUAUUAUUAAACUGAAAGAAACCCAAUGCCUUCUCAAUAGUUCAUGCAGUAACUGAUUUGGCUUGUAGCAGGUUAAUCAUCCAGUGUACCGACAGGCCUUUUGACUAGCAAUGUGUAGCUUACAGUACAGAGGCUUGACAAAGUUGUUUAUUCUAUUCCUUAACUUGUUCUCCAGUCAUCCCCUGCAGCUGUCAACCUAUGCCCUGACGCUCUACAAAUACACUACCACCAUCGACAGCAGGGCUGUAUUAGUAGACUUCUGGGAUACAGCCGGACAGGAGAGGUUCCAGAGCAUGCAUCCCUCGUACUACCAUAAGGCUCACGCCUGUAUCAUGGUGUUUGAUGUGCAGAGGAAGAUCACUUAUAAGAACCUGACCAGCUGGUAUACAGGGCUGAGAGAGUACAGGCCUGAGAUACCCUGUGUGGUGGUGGCUAAUAAGAUAGAUGCUGAUAUGAAGGUGACCCAGAGGAACUUUAACUUUGCCAAGAAGCAGGGACUUCCUUUGUACUUUGUAUCUGCUGCUGAUGGGACCAAUGUAGUCAAGAUGUUCAAAGAAUCCAUCAAAAUGGCAAUGUCUUACAAGCAGAACUCUAGUGACUUCAUGGAUGAAGUAAUGCAGGAGCUGGAGAACUUUUGAGCUGGAGCAGAAGAAGAGGAUUCGUUAGAGAUGGUUGAGGGACUGAAACCAGAGAGCCCUGAGUCUGUCUGUCUGGAUGUUGAUACAUUACCCUCACAUUAUGGACACAUUAUUUUUACAUUAUACUGGCAUUGUGUAUAUGAGAGCUGAUUCUGACUGCACCGCAGCUAUGGAUGCUGUGGAUAUGUUAUCCUAACUGUGUUGACAUGAUACCUCUUUACCAUGGGAGAGCUGUGCUCCAGAGUCUGUAACUGAUGUUGUGGAUAUGUUAUUCUCACAUUGUGGACAUGUUGUCCUUACAUCCUCAUGUUUGUAUUUUUUGUUUUAUUUUCUGCCGUGAAAGAGACAGAGUUUUAUUGAGCUGAUGCUGCAGAAAAUGUUAACCUAUGAGCCAUAUAAUAGUAGUGACCUGUGAGAGCUGGGGCAUUCUAUUGAUGUGAGAACAAACAUAUUGUCGGAUAGAUGUUGUGGCAGGCAUGGUGAACAUGUGCCAAAGUGUGUGACGCAGGCUGUUUGAGGUUAAUCUAGUGAUGCCUUGUAAAAUGUGGGACAUGCUUUAUACCUAUAAUCCCUAUUCUUGGUAUUUUAUGAUAGUAAAGUGAAACUGGGAAUGUGAACUCCGCUGCUUUGUCAUCAGCUUUCGCUCUCUUAUGCCUUUAUACGUGGCAUGUGUAUGGCGAUUUGUACAAUGUGAUAGUGAAGUACAUGUAUGUAAAGGCUGCUAUUGUUGCUCUAAGUGCUACAGUGUAAAGCCAGAGCGUUUAUAGGUCAUGCCUCUUAAACAAUGAAUGUACCUUGUAACCAUGUGAUGGCAUUAGCGACUGUGUGGUUUUACUUAACACUUGUGACCUGGCUGCAUCAGUAAAAAGACUGCAUCAAUGUCACCAAUAAUUCAUUCCAGUGCAGUUACUGAUAUAGUUAUCAAUGUACAGGUUAGAUAUACACUGAGUGUAUAUCUCACCUCCCACCCCUUUUGCUCUCAGAACAGCCUCAAAUCAUCGGGGCAUGGACAGUUCAAAGUGUGGAAAGCAUUACACAGAGAUGCUGGCCCAUGUUGACUCCAAUGCUUCCCACAGUUGUGUCAAGUUGGCUGGAUGUCCUUUGGGUGGUGGACCAUUGAUUCACACGGGAAACAGUUGAGUGUGAAAAAAAACAGCAGCGUUGCAGUUCUUGACACACCAGUGUGCCUGGGACCUACUACCAUACCCCGUUCAAAGGCACUUAAAUAUUGUCUUGCCCAUUCACCCUGUGAAUGGCGCACAUACACAAUCCAUGUCUCAAGGCUUAAAAAUCCUUUAACCUAUCUCCUUCCCUUCAUCUACACUGCUUGAAGUGGAUUUAGCAAGUGACAUCAAUAAGGGAUCAUACAGUAGCUUUCACCUGGUCAGUCUGUCAUAGAAAGAACAGGUGUUCUUAAUGUUUUGUAUACUCAGUGUACAUUUUAGUCAACUGGAAGUGUUGCAGAAGUACUGAAGAUACCUCAGAACUACAACGAAUGACCACUUCAGAGGUUUUCCGUCUAAGUGUAUUAGACCUCUUUGGGCUGGAUUCAAUCCUUAUCCCUGAUGUAUCCCGAGCUGAAAUCUAAAGGUAAUUCCCGAAUGAGCUCAAAUUUUGCAGCGUUUACAAUGAAGGCAGUCUCCGGGAAUGCAGGAAUAUUGCCUAUAAAUUGAGCUAUAAUGCAGAUACAGAUUUAAUUGAGCUCUUAAAGUGAUGCUCCAGAGGUUUUGCAUAAUUCAUUAGUUUUGAAAGUAGUGAUCACAAGGCAAAUUGGUCCCUGAAAAUGUUGCACAAUUGUGUACUACGUCAUCCAUUUUGUAUGAUGCAUUAUGUCCUGUAAUAAAAAAUGUUACAAAAUCCAAUUCAUA